AUGCCUGAGAAACUAAAAGAAGCCGUGUUGAAACCAAAACUAAAGAAAGAUUCGCUGGAGUACGAAGAAUACACAAAUUGCCGACCUAUUUCAAAUUUAAAAUUCCUGUCUAAAGUAAUUGAGAAGGUUGCUGCCGAUCAGUUUCUGGAACACUUGGCUAAUAACAACUUAGAAGAACCCUUCCAGUCGGCAUAUAAACGUUUUCAUAGUCCAGAAACAACCCUAUUAAAAGUACAAAACGAUAUUCUUGUAGCCAUUGAUAAACGUAAGUGUGUGGUGUUGCUAUUACUAGAUAUGUAG